UAAGGAAGUAGUACGUGUGGUAAAUGAACUGGCAAGAUGACACGAGAGCUCCCUGAUGUUCUGAGGACAUAUUGGCCUCUGCACAUAACACAUAAAAAAGCCAAAUGGGCUCCAACCCAAACGGCCUCCCUCUGAAACUAUUUGAUUUGCACACAACCGGGAGAGUGGGGCUAAUCCAAUCCAAUUUCCGGACACACAAUGGCUUGGUGAUUCAUUGAAAAAAAAUCACGAGAGACAAACUGUGAAGCUGUGCUGCUGUACCUCCUGGCAUUUCUAAUUUCAAUAAAGACACAGGCACCAUCACGGCUGCGCUGAGGGCGCUUCAGACGCGUCCGGAACGGCGGAGGCUCCUGCGCUGACUGCUGAGGGGCUUUCUCGCAAGGGACUCAGAGACAAACGGCUUAUAUUGACGUCAAAUGGAUGUGUGAGGGACUUUACCGCAUGUGCUGGCAUGACAGAAGCGAUCGGAGCUGCCACUUCUGACCAAAAGAGCACCGAAAUCCUCAGCAGAUAAUUAACCCGGGAGACUGUCGUCGGGCUUUUCACUUAGCCCACACUGCAAGAUUUUAUUUUAAACUUUUAUCGAUGCUCGGCGUCUCCAAACUCGCUGUGAAUUCCUGAUUUAGUUGUGAGGGGAGAGAGCGCGACGCUGCACCCCGCUGCUGACAGAGAGACCACUUGUACCGCCGUCACAACUGUGCCAAGAGACAGGGAGUCUUUCAAAGCCACCGGAGCGGACCCGACCGGCAUAUCAAUCAGCGUCCCGAGGAGCCGCUCGCUUGGUUCGCACCAGCGAUAAAAGGCAUUGUCUUAAAGGUGCGUGUGUGUGUCUGCGUGUGUGCGCGUGUGGGGAAUACAGGGGGGGACAUGGCACUUUUUCCGUUUGAAGAGGGGAGGACAGCAACAGUCAGCGGGAAACAAAUGUAACAAAAAAAAAAAAAAAAAAAAAAAAAAAAAGCCAGUUCCCUCCGUCUUGCCACGGGUGCGCACCGGCGAAGAGGCGCAGGACCCGCAGGAUCAUCGAUUUGCACUUUGUGAUCUUGCGCUGCGUAUGUGACAAGAGCAGAGAGAGGAAGCGGUGAACGGUGGGAUUAAGGGGCGCUUCUCCUAAACGAAAGACUCCAAUUAUUUAACCAUGAACGCCAGGAUAUUGUUUUUGCUUGUUUGUUCUGCGGCAUUUUUCGCUGGUCUGCAGUGCGCCUCGCCGAGGACCACAGCGGGGAUGGAUCUCCCCACCGCCGGCUUCAGCAACAUCAAUAGCAGCGGCGGUGGUGGCGGCGGCACCAGCGGGGAAACCGGCGGCAAAAGAGACUUGAACCAAACCAUAAACUCCAGGCUCAAGAGGAAAACCCUGGCUGUGGAUUUUGCGGUCCCUUCUCUGUUGCGCUAUUACCUGGCGGAGUUCAUAAAGAGACCCCUGAACGGCGACUGCCAGACUUUUAGCGGAUGUUACAUGGUGCGCGCAAACUUGAAAAUGCACUGCAUACCUUUGCAGAAAACCAUAGCUACUUUUGUGGACCCCAAGUCUGCUGCGGACUCUGCACUGAGGAACGGGUCUGCUGAUGGACAGCUCCCCUUCUUCUACAAGCGGCCGCUGUCCAAAGUUCUGAAAUUGGGCUUGACGAAAGCAAGCAGGAAAUCAAACCAAGUUGUGGUGGAAAUAGGAGAGGAUAUAGUGAGGACGGGAUGCGGGGGGCUGUCUGUGUACGAGGAGGCCCCGGUGCUCACCCUGGAAAUGGACCUCACAACUAUUCUGGAGUGGUGGCUCGGCGCAGAGGGGGGCCGGCUCAGGGUUCGGCUCAUGCCCGAGAAAAAGGCGCAGGUGCCCGGAAUAGAGGACCGCUACACGGCGGCCAUACGCGCUGCAGACCCCCGCCUAUUCCUUCAGAUAUCCUCCAGGGGUGAGCCAUUGGCUGGUAGACCUGCUGGCAUUCCUAGAGGGUACUGGAGCUUCUCCUGGGUAGCAGAGGACGACUUGAGCUUUCCCAACGACUCCGUGCCCAUGUCAGAUCACCGGUGCCCUGGCAGUAGCAGAACAUGUGACCAACACCAGGAGGGUAUCCCAGAGUUCACAUGGACCAUAGUAGCUGCGGGGGAUCUGCGAGAGGGAAGGAACGAGAGAAGUGAAAAGAAGGCAGGAAGCCCCCAGGGGUGGGAGGAAGGUCAGUUCCUUUGGGUCAACGGUUCAGCCUUUGGCGGCCCCUGGGUGCUUAGUCCUUGGCUGUGGGGGGGCCAGGGUCCCUGUAGCCUGGACAUGGCUGUGUUCCUCCACCCCAAGCAAAGUGGACAAUACACCACGUGGCUCAUAGAACGGGACAAAGCACCACUUGCUCUCUUCUCCUCCGACACACUGCCACACAUCACAGGCUGGGCAGUGGUCCACCUCACCCUGGGGACCCACGGAAGAUCACCAUUUCGGGUCUCGGCCAGCUAUGAUCAGCGGAUUCCACAGGAUGACAUGGCCACCAUUGAGCCCCACUUCACCACUAACUGCACCAUGGCUUCCUCCCCCGGCCCUAACGUCACACUGGAGGGCCAGUACCACUGUCACCAGGGACCUGGGAUCCCGCUGGACAAAUUGUGCGACUUCAGUACAGACUGUCCGCUCGGCGAUGACGAAAGCGACCUGUGUCGCCACUUUCUCAAUGGCAGCUACUGCUCUUUUGAGGAGGGCGAGUGCAGCUGGCAGUCAAUAACGGGCCGUGGUGCCUCCUGGAGAAGACUCCAGUCGCCAGCCAAGGCUACUAGACAGAGCUGCCCAUCAUCAGGUGCGACAUUCAGUGUGGAAGGAGGUCAGACCAAAGGCCAGCGUAGCUCUGCAAUACUGAGAAGUCCUCUCUUCCCCCCUCCUCUAAGAAACUCCCCAUGCACGGUGCGAUUCUGGCUGUGUUCUGGAGGCUUGCAGCGGGGGUCUUUGUCUGUGUGGAUAGCUGAGAACAAUACAGGCCCUGAGGUACAGCGCAGACUGUGGCAUUCAGCCAGCGAGCCAAAACCUGAACGGGGCUGGAAACUCGUCAUACUUCCCCUUUACGGGCUGGCAGACUGGUUUUGGCUGCAGUUCAGCACAGAAGAUGGACCUGGACCCGGUUCAGCCAUCUCUAUUGACAACAUCUCUUUCAGUAUGGACUGCUUCCUGGCAUCCAACGGUGAGUUUCCACCAGUGGUCACCAGCUCCACCAGGCUGCCGUUUAGACCAAAGACUACGCCCCCGUCUUUUGGAAGCCCUUUGAUGAACUUCCCCACCACAGAUCCCGCCAAAAAAUGGCUUUUUCAUACCUGUGGGGCUGCGGGCCCUGAAGGCCCAACUCCCACUCAGUGCCUCAACUCCUAUAGGAACAGCAACGUCAACGUGACAGUUGGCACCCGAGGGCCCUUCAAAGGCGUUCAAAUGUGGCGGGUCCCGGAAACUGGCACGUACAGGAUCACAGCCUACGGUGCAGCCGGCGGUCGAAGCGUGCUGGCCAUGAGCAGGUCACAUGGUGUCUACAUCACAGGAGACUUCCCGCUGAGGAAGGGCGAGCUGCUUUACAUCCUGGUGGGACAGAAAGGAGAGGACGCAUGUCCCAAUUCCAACGGCAUGCUGAAUAGGAUCUGCCAGGAACAGAGCGGCCCGAUGGCGAACAAAACCCAAGUGAAAGGGGGCGGCGGAGGAGGUGGCGGGGCUACGUAUGUGUUCAAGGUGGAGAAAGACAUGUAUAUCCCCCUCAUCAUCGGUGCUGGAGGAGGUGGCCGAGGCUACAGCAGCCUAUCAGAGACCCAGCUGGAGCAGAUGGACUAUGACCCCAGCCAACCGGGACGCAACGGGAAGUCAAACGCCGCAGGUGGAGGCGGAGGUUGGAACGACACCAUGCCUGUCAGUCAGGGUGGCAGGCCGCUGGUGCUCGGAGGCCAAGGAGGGCAGGCCUGUCAAAAGUUCUGGCAGACCCGCGGCGGCUUCGGGGGCGGCGGGGGUGGCUGUAUGUCCGGGGGCGCUGGCGGAGGCUACAGAGGUGGUAACACCUCCAUAGAUAACAACCCCAAACACGACGGUGACGAUGGCACGUCCUUCCUGGGUCCAGAGGGAGAUCCCUUCCUCUUCCCUCUGAAAGGUAUGGAGGGGGAUGGUGAGGUGCUCAUCAGUCCAGUGCAGAACUGCAGCCACUGUGAGAGUGGGGAAUGCCACGAGACUGAGGAUGGUGUCGUAUGCUACUGUGAUGAUGACCUGACCCUGGCACCAGACCGGGUGUCCUGCAUCAACGCUACAGAGGUGUCCCUGCUGCCUCCCCAGCCGUCUCUCUCCCACCUGGCGCUGGGUCUGUCUGUGGGCACCUCAGCCCUCAUCGCUGCCCUGCUGCUGGCUGUGUCUGGAGUCAUGAUAAUGUACAGACGGAAACACACAGAGCUGCAGUCUAUUCAGCUGGAGCUGCAGAGUCCAGACUGCAAGCUCAGUAAGCUGCGGGCGUCCACCAUCAUGACCGACUACAACCCCAACUACUGCUUCGCCGGUAAGACGGCAUCGGUCAACGACCUGAAGGAGGUGCCACGGCGUAAUAUCUCCCUCACCAGGGGUCUGGGUCAUGGUGCGUUCGGUGAAGUCUAUGAAGGGCUGGCAGUGGGGAUACCUGGUGAGCCGAGCCCACUGCAAGUGGCAGUCAAGACCCUUCCUGAGGUUUGCUCUGAGCAAGACGAAUUGGACUUCCUCAUGGAGGCUCUAAUCAUCAGUAAGUUCAGCCACCAGAACAUUGUGCAUUGUAUAGGAGUCAGUCUGCAGGCCAUGCCCAGGUUCAUCCUGCUGGAGCUGAUGGCUGGAGGAGAUCUCAAGUCUUUCCUGAGGGAGACCAGACCCCGGCUGGAGCACCCGUCCAGCCUGACCAUGGUAGACCUUCUCAAUGUGGCCAGAGACAUUGCCAAGGGCUGCCAGUAUCUGGAGGAGAACCAGUUUAUACACAGGGACAUAGCAGCUCGGAAUUGCCUACUGACCUGCAAAGGAUCGGGCCGCGUCGCCAAGAUUGGAGAUUUUGGGAUGGCUCGAGACAUUUACAGGGCAAGCUACUACAGGAAGGGGGGGCGUGCCAUGCUGCCAGUGAAGUGGAUGCCACCUGAAGCCUUCAUGGAGGGCAUCUUCACAUCCAAAACAGACACAUGGUCGUUUGGGGUUCUGCUGUGGGAGAUCUUCUCAUUGGGCUACAUGCCAUAUCCAAGUCGCAGUAAUCAGGAGGUGUUGGAGUUUGUAACCAACGGUGGGAGGAUGGACCCACCUAAAAACUGCCCUGGGCCAGUGUAUCGUAUAAUGACUCAGAGUUGGCAGCAUCAACCUGAAGACAGGCCUAACUUCUCAACUAUCCUGGAGAGAAUUGACUACUGCUUACAGGACCCUGACGUGGUGACCAUGCCUCUACCUGUAGAGUAUGGACCCAUCCCCGAAGAGGAGGAGCGUGUACCGACGCGCUCUGACGACCCCUCAGCUCCAACUGUGUUGGUGAAUGCCCAGGUGCCUGAUGGGGAGGUUCCGCAGCCACCCCCAUCCUAUCCUACAGAGGAGACCCGGAGAGGUGGGGAGCUCGCUGUCGUGACUAGCACAGCAUCAGAGGCCAAAGCACAGAUGUCGGCCCAGCCCCAGCCAUGCCUCCACCAGCACCAGCAGCCUCACACACAGACCUCCAUCACCAUGACAACCACCAACACAGUCACCUCCACAGCCACCUCUACACUCACUGCCAAGGGACCUCAUGUCACCACCCAGCCCAGUCCCGAGGGAGGCCACAUCAACCUGGCCUUCACCCAGGGCCACCCGCCAGAGAAGGAGGGUCACAGUGGGAAGAGCACCAGUCUCUGGAACCCGACAUAUGGCUCGUGGUUCCUGCAGCAGAGGAAGCAGCAGCAGCAGCAGCAGCAGCAGCAGAGGCAAGGAGGGGUGGGGGGAGCGGGAGGGAGCAGUGGCAGGGUGCCUGGCGAGGGGCAGGAGCAUGUGGGCCGGACUGUGGCUGAGGUGGCGGGAGCGCUGGGUCUCCAGCACCAGCACAAGCAGUUCCAGCAUCAGCUCCAGCAGCAGCAUCAGCUCCAGCAGCAGCACCAACUCCAGCUGCUGCACCAUCAGCAGCAGCAGCAGCAGGGUCUUUGCAGACCUCUGUUACCCCCACCACCACCUCCUGCUGCACAGUCACCUCUGCUUUUAGAUUCAGCCGCCUUGCCCCCGGUCCCCCUCUACAGACUGAGACGAUUCCCCUGUGGGAACAUCGGAUACGGGUACCAGGAGCAGGGCCUGCCCCUGGAGGCCGCCCACGGUAACCCCAACCCCCCUCCUCCACCCCCUAUACCACAGCAGGGCAUCUCCAUGUCCUCAGCAGCCCACCAGAGGGGGGCCUCAAUUCCCACCUCAGUGUCCCUGAGUCGGUCAGGUAUGUCUGAGGACAGCCGUCCACUUCUAGUCACCAUGGGGACAGUACAGGACCCCAGGCUGCCCAGGAUGGAGGGCCACAACGCCACCGUGCUUUAGCCCAAAUGCCUGUGCCACUGGUCUCUUUUUCAGGCCCUGUCUUUGGAGACUGUGUGUUCAGGACACAUAGCAGGCAACACUGUGUCAGGACAGAGACCGUUUUACACCACCCCCUACCAUCCCAUCAUUUUGGUUCCUUCCUCCAGUUCUCGCUGAAACGAAGCUGGAUGACUCCAUCAGGCUUUUCCCAUGAGAACCCUGGAGGUGUGUUUAAAUCCCCAACGGAUGCUAAAGCACAUCAGAGAACUAAAAAAAAAAGCUUUGGGAGGCAAAAUGAAGAGUAAAGGCUAGUUUUAAGAGUUUAAAAAAUGUAUUUUUUCUACACUGGAGGGAUUAUGAUUAUGAGAGAGAAUGCUGAGAAAGAAUCAAAUAGAGUUUAUGGCACAGGAGGACACGAGGACAACUUUCCAUCUGGCUGUGACCAAGAGCGUGCACAUUUGCCAUGUGUCCAUGGACAGCUGAGGAUGUCUCAUCUGUGAGAAUGGACUAUGAUGCGGAUUCAAAUCUUUAUAUUUUGCCAAACCUAAGACUUUAAGUCACAAACUUUGGUGACCAGUUUGACUGUAACAGCUGCAAAGGUUGUCUACAGCUGCAAGCCACAUGUGUCUGUUCUACUGCAGAACCCUCACACUGUUCCUUCUCCACAUCCUUUUGAAAACAACAGUGUGGUAAAUAACUUGACUAUUUUUCAAGGAUAUCACAGAAUCGGACACUGGAUUACCAGAGACAUUUAUACAAAAAAAAAGAGAAAAAAAAACACUGGGAAAAAUGUGUUUGUUGAUGUUUGCUUGCCUGCUUGUUUAUUUAUUCAUUUGUUUAUUUAUUAUUUGGAAGUGGCUCUAUAAAUUAUUCAUGAACAUGCUUCUUCAGAUCCAAACAGAUUCAUUUUACAUCAACCGGUUUUCACUUUAGGUUUUCUUUUGGUAAUACGGUAAGAAAAAAUGAGAGAUGGAACAAUCCCAAAAAAAAAUGAUGGACCUUGAGUUUCCUGAAUGGUUUGUUAUAACACUGAUACAGGAAAUCAGUCAUGGCCUUUACAGUGACCUUUAAGGUGUAGAAGUAAGUGGAUAAAUAGAGCAGUGACGCAGAUUAUUUGACUGAAGAAUUAAAAGGAUUAAAGGCGAGCCGCACUCAGCAACAUUUAAGAGUUCAACUUUUUACUGUUGCUGAAGAUUUGUAAUAAGCCGUUGCCCUGGGAACUAUUGAAAUCACUGCUCUGUGGACUCUCCUUUUGUUCACAACUCCAUUCUGUUAAAGGGGCGCUUUGAGACAGUGAAGUUGAGGCUUUUCUUUUCUUAUGGCUUUUUCAGUAACCUUUUAUCAAUUCAUUUCUUGUUAAAAAAUGUUUUUCCCUUUUUUUUGUCUGGAUAUAGAAACACAGUGGAUAUUGCUGAAUCAAUCUUAACCUUCAAAUUGCCAUCUCGAAGCACUCUACAUUCCUAAAUUUGCAUAUUUUAUCUUUUCUAUUAUAGGGUGACUGCUGCAGAAUACAAAUGAGUCCGAGUGAAAAGUUUGAAUACAAACUGCUUUCGCUCCACAUGUGAAUGAAAGCUGAGACCUGAGUCUGAGUCGUAUUCUGCUCAUUUCCACACACACGGUGUUUCACUGUCUGUUUGAAGUCUGCUUUUUUUCAGUUUCGGGACAGCUACAUACAGUAUGUCAUUGGGACGGCGCCAUGAGCGUGGCGGUGUUGAUAUUUAGGUGAAUGACGACAAUAUGUGUCAUUUUUUGAUGCUUUUUGCUUGACUGUAUUUGGCAAUCCUGUCAGUCCCUCUGCUGUAAAGCGAUGACGAGCUGUCGUGUGUGUCACAGCGCUCAGUGACUGAUUAAGACUAAUGCAUUCCUGUGGGCCAAGUCAAUGAGCAAGGUAAAUAUUGGCCAAUGACAAGUAUUUUGCUUUGUCCUCAGUACCUGUGUUACAGUAAAUGCAUUAAUUCUGUGUUCCCCUCACAGCUCAUGUCCAUUGUUUGAUGUAAAGACAAACUUAACUGCACCUGUAAAUGUUGUAAUUAUAAAGUAUUGUACUAUGGCUCUGGUAAAAGCUGUAAAUUGCCCUUCAGAAGACAUUCUCCAAAAUUAAUAAAUUACUA